AUGGCAAACAGCCACAUAACAUUCAACAAAAUGCAGCAAGAGACAGGGCUUGAGCAAGGAAAAUUUCAGGCCAUUGUGCAUAAUGAUUUAGAGAUGAAAAAUGUGUGGCCAAAGUGGGUGAACCUCAUACCUCGAACCAAAACUUUGGACUAUGUCUUGCUUGACAACAUGAAGGAUGCAGUGAGGGGCCAACAGGCAUCAUCAGCACAUUAUUGGAAUCAAAACGGCAUGCCAAAAUCUAAAAUCAUGAUUGGAAUACCUACUUAUGCACAUACUUACAUACUCUUAGAUCCUAAAUACCAUGGAUUGGAUGCUCCUGCCACUGGUUCUAAUGGGGAUUUAAAUUUCUAUGAUGUGUGUAAGUUUUUAUCAUCUGGAGGCAUAAGAGUAUUUGAUAAUGAAAGUCUAGUACCAUAUACAUAUUCAGGUUAUGAUUGGAUUUCAUAUGAAGAUCAGAUUAGUAUUAAAUUAAAAGCUAACUGGAUCAAAUCUCAAGGAUUUGGAGGAGCAAUGACUUAUAAAUUGAAUUCUGAUGACUGGCCUUGUGCAUGCAGCAAAAUUCCGUUUUUAUUGCAUCAGAUUGUUCAUGAUGUAUUUACAUUGUAAUAUAUAUAUAUACAGAAAUUUAAGUUAUAUUCUUUAAAAUAUGUAUUAUAAGUAGGUAUUUACUGACAGAUGUUUUUGUAAAAGAAAAACAUUUAUUAAAUGGUAUUUAUGAUGCAAAGCCUAGUACAAAGCACACUCUUUUGAAGCAUUAUAAUCUUUAUUUUUUUAUGCAUUUU